AUGGCAGGCACUGACGCACCCAUCCUCCCGCACUGGACGCGCUGGAGGGUGGCCCUGGCGUCCUUGACGGAGCAGCGGGAGGCGCAAGACAUGCUCCUGCUCAAGCGACCGGAGGAUGAGGAGUUGGACGUGAUCCGCUACACCACUGUCAUCACUGCUUGUCAGAAAGCAGCCCGCUGGUGGGCGGCCCUCGGGGUGUUGCACUCCUUGCGACGUAGCAAGCUGCGAGCAAACGUGGUGACCUACAACAGCACAUUAGGAAGCUGUACGCAGGCUGCUGAAUGGCCCCAAGCACUUCAGUUGCUCGACCAGGUUCGUGCAAAUGUGGUCACCUAUGGAAGCCUUUGUGGCUCCUGUGGCUGGAGAAGAGCUCGAGUCCUUCUAGGAGUUGCGCAGCAGCAGCGGAUGACGAGCCUGGUCGCCUAUAGCUCGUGCAUCGGCGAAUGCCAGAAGUUGACCAAAUGGCAGGAAGCGCUUGGGCUGCUUGAAGACGUGAAGAAGCAGGAGAUGUCCCCAGACAUCAUCCUCAUCAAUGCCACCAUCAGCGCCUGCGAAAGUGCUUCUCAAUGGCAAGAGGCCUUGCUUUUGCUUGACUUCUCCUUGUGCUCGCAAGACACCACGUUGGUCACCUACAAUUGCACCAUCAGUGCCUGUGGCAAGGCUGCACAGUGGCGAAAGGUGAUGCAACUGCUGGAAGAGCUGGAAAUGCUCCAACAAUUGCCCGACAUCAUUACGUACAACUCUACGAUCAACGCGGCAAGCCGCAGUCAGCUUUGGCCUUUGGCUCUGGCUCUUCUUGCUUUCUUGCACAAGAAAACCUUCGAAGCCGACACCGUGUCGCACACUGUGGCCAUCAGCGCGUGUGAAGGGGCACAGAAAUGGCCUGAUGCACUGCAGCUGCUAGAUCAGAUGAAGUGGCAAAGAUUCGUGGCCAAUCAAAUGACGUGCAACGCCACGCUGAGCGUUUGUCAGAAAGCAGCACGAUGGUCUCAAACUCUGCUGGUUUUGGACGAUACGACGGCGCGCCGCUUGACAGAUGUCAUCACCUACAAUGUGGCGAUCUUUGCCAGUCCUUGGGUCCAAUCUUUGCAGCUGCUGAAUUGCCUUGGCCAUCUUGGCCCCUUCGCCAAUCUGAUCUCUUAUACCUCGUGCAUCUCCGAGACCAUGCAGAGAAACAUCUCCUCCCCGCUCUUUUGGAGAAGGUCCUUCGACCUGCUUGGGGCGCUCCAAGCCUUUCGGCUUCGUCCGACAGCCUUCAGCUUCAACGCGGUCGUUGGCGUGUGUGUGGCGGAAUGGCCCCGAGCCGUGGCGCUGGUCGGUGACAUGGAUCAAACGCAGGUGGAGGGAGAUCUCAUCACCUGCAACAGCCUUCUCAGCGCUUUUUCGACCGCCGCACUGUGGCCCACUGCGGUGCGGCGGCUAAGGGAAGCGGAAAGGAGCGGAACUCGACCCAACAUCAUUAGUUGCAACUGCGGCAUCGCAGCCUGCGAGGUCUAUGGGCUCUGGCGCCGUGCGUUGUUGAUACGAAGAGAGCUCGCAGACGAGAUCACCUACAACGCCUUGAUCAGUGCUUGUGAAAAGGCCUCCGCAUGGCCAGCAGCCAUCCUGCUCCUGCGAGAGGCUGGCGCGCUUGCAGACAACAUUGCCUUCACUUCAGCAGCAGUUGCAUCAGCAAAGUCCAUGAAUUGGAGAGUGGUGAUGGAACUGUUGAGGGAGCUCCGGGCAAGGCGUUUGCAGCCCGAGAUUCUCAUGUACCAAGCGCUCGUUCAGAGCCAUGAAGGGCAGAAAAACUGCCUCGGGACGAAGGAGGCCUUGGUCCAGUUGAGUGAGCAAGCCCUCGCAGAGCUGCAACCAAAAAAGCACUGCUCCAGCGAGAUUUGGCUGCUCCGGUGUGCGAACUGCGGAGAUGCACCGGAGCUCUGUCCCGUUGGCGCAGGACACCUACCGUAUCAUGAUCCAAGCUCAAGCGGCUGGCGGCCAUUGGCCGAAAGUACUGGCACUGCUACAGGAAGCUGGGCGCCUCGAACCAGUGGAACGUGA